GGUCGGGGACGCGGUUCUCUCUGAGGCCCCGCCCCUGAGUGAAUCACCAGGAGGAACCCUUCAGCUGCUCACAUGUUGCCUAUCACAGUCACAACUACACUGCAGCGGACACUGGGAAGUUCAUCACAUUUUGAGCGAGAGAAUACUUACUCAGUUAUUUGUCUGCACUUGGCAUCUUUAAUAGUGGAGCACAACAAUGACUUUCAGGAGGCUGAAGAAGGUCAAUUCCAACAAUCCUCAGGGUGGAUUAUCAAUUCAGGAUAAUGACAUUUAUUUCCCUUCAUCAAAGUCAGAUAGUUGCAAAACGGUGGAGUUGCGACCAAAUUCCUCGGAGGUUUACAACUACAAAACUUUAGCGUACUCCGGCGGGACAUUGCCCCGGACCUUCAACAGGGGAGGCGGACUGCAGAAAUGGAAACCGCUGGCGCAGUCCCCCGAACCUCAAAGGAAGGUGGUCGUCCUGGAGAAAACGGAGGAGGAGUCCUUUGGUUUUGAGAUCCAGACCUAUGGGCUGCACCACCAGGACCAGAACUCGGUGGAGAUGUGCACGUUUGUGUGCAAGGUGCACGACGAUAGCCCCGCCCAGCAAGCAGGACUCAAAGUUGGGGACACCAUCUCCAGCGUCAACGAGGCCGCCGUUGACGGCUUCCGCCACAAGGAGAUCGUCCAGCUCAUCAGGGCCUGCGGCAACUCCAUCAGGCUGGAGACGGUGUACAGCGACUCCAUACGGAAGGCAGAGCUAGAGGCUCGCCUGCAGUACCUGAAGCAAACUCUGCAUGAAAAGUGGGACGAGUUUCGAUCACUGAUGGUGCAGGAGCAGCGGCUGGUUCACGGCAUCGUGCUGAGCGACGCGGCCGUCUACGAGUCCCUGGAGUCGGCGGGGAUCUAUGGCAGCCUGGGCGCGCCCAGCCCGGCCGUGCUGCGCGCCGCGCGCUGCACGGGCGGCGGCGGCGGCGGCGGCAGCACCAGCAGCAGCGCCAGCGCCCUCAGCACCGCCACCGCCGGCGAGGAGGACCCCCUCUACCAGACCUGCCUCUACCAGGCGGAGCGCACCGGCACCGCUAACGGAACAGGCAACGGCAAGGUGUGCGGCGAGGAGCAGCAGCAGCAAAAGAAGAAGACGGAGGCCCCGACGCCGCAGAGGAAGUUGCGUCUGCGGCCGGCCAGCGAGCUGUUCUCCACGGCCAAGACGCAGCUCACGCGCAGCGCCAGCACGCGCAGCUACGUGCGGGAACCCUCGUCGACCACCGCGUCGACGACCAUUUCCUCGGGCGAGAGGCCGAGCGUCUUGGGGCGAGGCCCGCUGCCCCAGAGGAAGCCCAAGCAGAAGAGCUUCCGCAGGCGGCUGCUCAAGUUCAUCCCGGGGCUGAACCUUCCCCUGGAGGAAGAGGAGAGCAAGCUCUGAGCUCCGAGCCCCAUCGCCCCGUCGCCUCGGCCGGAACGGUGUGAACGCGCUCAGAACUGCGUUGCAAAACCGUCCGACUGGACGCCAAAGACUUGCCAAAGAAUAGCCAUUACAAAACCCUGCCAAAGACUAGAGGCGGAAAGGAAAUGAGACCAAAGUCUUGAUUGUUCAUCUCAAUUGCACCUUAUUUUCCUACACGUGCCUCUGGAGGGUGGGGGCGGGGCUUCGUUCCGGAUGGGGGGGGGGGCCUUUACACCUGUAUAUUUUGACAUUGUACGUUUUUUGGUUGUUUUAAGUUAUUUAUUUAUUUUACUUAAUUGUUUUGAUUGCAUGCACCAAGUUUUAUUUAGUCCUUUUGAAUGAAUGGUGCCUUGUUAAAGUCAGUUUUCAAGACGGAAUUUUGUAUAAAACAUUUUUGGCUGGUUCAGUUUUGUCCUGAUUUAUCACCAAAGUCCAUUUUUUUAAAUAAAUAUGUUGCAUUUUGGUUACGACUUGCUUGUUUGUAUCCCUGUAGAA